AUGAUCGUUAGGAGCUUACUCUUGGCGCUGUCGGCAUUAGCUGGACUGCCUGUAUCGGUCAGUUGGCAGCGUGCGACCGGCCCACGUCUCGACAAUCUGACUGAAAGCGAAAUUAAAUAUGCCAAAAUCUACUGGAACUACAGCGCUGCCGAGCGAGUCCUGCCCGGUGUCCAGAUGAGCAGGGACUCACAAAGCAAACAUGGCUACCGCUUCGUCGUGCCGCUCCCGGAGCGCUUGGCGGGAUUGACUUAUGUGGGACACGCAGCGCGCUUGCGCCUGGUGCUUGAGCGCGCGCGCAACGGCACCCAGUCCGCCUAUAUGAGCAGCUGCCUGCACCACCACCUGCCACCCGAGGUGGAUCUGGUACUCGUGGAGUACGCGGCGAAUGACUCCCCGGCACCGCGCUGGACAUUUGCGGACCCCAAUCGGAGGGCCAUGGAACGCCUGAUCAGGAAACUGCUGGGACUGGCAUCUCGUCCCGCAGUGCUGCUCAUCAACAUGUACGCCAUCGGCGCCGCGCACGGCAAUUACCUUCACACUGCGGAGCGCGACUUCAUGGAAUUCGCGACCUACUACAGCCUGCCCUCGGUGAGUCUGAAGGCGGCUGUGAUGCCGUCAGCGGCGGUUGGGGGGGCCGAGGCGGUGUCGUACGGGGCCAUCUUCAACGGCGGUCACAACCACCCGGGUCGUGGCGGCCAUGUCCUCGCCACGGAGCUGCUCAUCACGAUGUGCCUGGACUUGCUGCGAAGAGACGCGUAUGCUCUAGCCCAGCAACCUGUGGACGGCUGGAAUUGGACUGAUGAAGGUCGUGGGAAGUGGGGCUAUGUGGCCACCGAGCCGGGGAAGACCAUUAGGUUCAAGGUAAACACUCAGCUGGGUGGAAAUCGAACCAAAAACAGGCUAUCGGGGCGGCCCAUCGUGGUGCAGGUCGCCUACCUGGAGAGCUACCAGGGAAUGGGCACCGCGCGUGUGAGCUGCGAGGCCGGCUGUACCUGUACGGCAGUCACUAUUGACUCGUACGACAAGCGGCCCGUGUCUUUGACGAGCAUGAAGGACAUCUCGGUAUCCCAGCACCCGGAGUGUAUCUUGGCACUGACGACUAAGGGGCCCAGCAAGGCGGCUGAAGCGGCUGCGUUGGAGGCUGCAGCCCGCAACGAAACAACAAGCGGCGAUAGCAGUGGCAGCUCUAAUCCGGAUGUCGAGGCGGCUUGGAGCAAGUUCAAGGUCUUGGGUGUGGUGGUGGGUGAGGAGCCCGGGGCCUCGGAGGGCGGUGUCACCUGGCUGCGGGACGAGAGCCACCACCUGGCCAAUGCGCUGCGGGACAUGCGCGGGUAG